AUGGUGGCAGUUCCAUACAGCACAGGCUGUCGCACUUGUAUACAGCGUCGCAUCAAGUGUGACGAGUCGCGGCCAGCAUGCCGACGCUGCGAGCGUCGAGGUAUACAGUGCCCUGGAUAUCAGAAACCUCUCAGGUUUAUUCCCGUUACAACGCCCGCCCAGCGCGAACGACCAGUAGACUCUGCGAUCACCUCCAAGCCCUCCAUCGUCCCAGAUCAGAAUGCGCCCAAGGCACGACCACCCGCCAAGCGGCCUCUACGACAGCAGAACAAUGUAGACGAGCUGGUGGCGCCAGAUCUCAUGCAGAAAGCGCUGACUGCGCAGGGAAUCGAGGUCCUGAGCUUCUUCAUCGAUGCCACCGUGCCAGGUCUCUACUACUCGUACAGCACGCGCGUCGCGGUGAACUGGAUGAGUUUCGCCCGUCGCCACGCCGAAUCCACCCUGGACCCCUUCGUCUGGAGCAUUCGAUCUCUGGGCACGCUGCACCUGGGCAACCAGCACCAAGACGAGAACAAGAUCGCGAGCAGUCGGUCGAUGUACGGCCGUGCACUGCGAGGACUCCGCGAUCUGCUGCAGAACCCGCGGUCGGUGCGAUCCGACAUGACACUUGCCAUCGCCGUUAUGCUCGGCUUCUUCGAGAUGCUGGACGGCAUGACGACAGAGUCCUGGCUCACGCAUUCGCGCGGCAUCAGCACGCUGUUUCGCCUGCGCGGACCAGAGGCGCAUCGUAGCGGGUUCGGCCGGACCCUGCUGGUAUCCUUCAAGUCGUUUAUCGUAGCCGAUGCUCUUGUUCGGGGCGAAUCGUGUUUCCUGGCCGAGCCCCAAUGGCGCUCCGUGCUGUCGCAGACCAUCAUAGACGAGAAUGCCAGAGGGAAGGGCUGUCGUCUGGGCGAUUUGUCCGAGCAGAUCUUUGUCGAGGUCACCGAGUGUCCGGGCUUGUAUGCGCGGACUUGCGGUGUGAUCCGAGACCGGGAGCCGGACAGCGCCGUGCGCCAGACCCUGCUGGAUGAGAUUGUGUUGUGUAAAAGAAGGCUUCAGUCCUUGAGGCAAGAUCUGGAAUCGGAGUUUCCUGCACCCCUGGAGGACAGGGUACUAAAAACGAAAGCAGACCUGAUUGCGCUGAUUCCUGUCGCGGUGGCCCAGAAGCUCAGGCAGUUUGCGCUUCAUGGAGCAGAGUCGGCUCUCGCACUCCUGGACCAGAUGAUUGUGCUGGUUCAGGCUGAUGCUCGUCGGCUGUCCAUGGCUCCAACAGUGUCUACGCUACCAUCGUGGGACGUGGUUCCUGCGCCGUCGAUGGCGCCUUUCGUGCCGAUGCGCACCAAGGAAAGGCUUUCCAAUCGGCUACCAGCCUGGCCGGAUCAGCUCGCAUUAUCCAUGGGUAUGCUUGCGAUGAAGGACGGUCUGCCGGGAUGA